CCCGGGAUCGCCCCCGCGCGCGCCGCCGCCGCAGUGCGCGCCCGCGCCAUCGAACGAUCGCCGACAUGACGUGACGGUGGCGCCCGGCGACGAGUGAUCGAUUACGUCGGAAGCCAAAUUCAGUGAUUGACUAACAGCCGUCAACAAGUCGUCCGUGCGCGUGCGCGUGCGCGUUCCCGUGCAUCAGAUUUGUUUGAAAGAGAGGGGGUCGUCUUAUAAUCAGGGCCGUCGUAUAUUCAGGCCAAUACGCUGCAUCAUACGACUGUCAAAAGACCAAAUGAACCACCAUGAAGUUUUGAACCAAUUGGCUGCAAAGCUUCAUUGCUUCAAGAAACUUUGACCAUCUCUGCUCCGUUGGGGGAGACAGUCAACUUCUGAUGCCACCUGCUGUCAACACUGUUGUUGUCCAACAUGCCUCCUAGCAUGAAUUGCAGCACUACAGAUGUGCGCAGUAAAAAUUGGUGACUGGCGCCCAACUUGGAUCGGCGGCAACAUCCGAUGAACCGGGAAGCGAGGCGGCGAAUCCUCCGCUCGGGACGAUGAGCCGAACCGAGGGGGCGGAACCCGUGGGUCCGCCGGAUGAGUGUCGGAUCUGCUACGACCGCUACGACACCCGCGGCCGCAAACCCAAACUACUGGCCUGUCUGCACCGGGUGUGCGCCAAGUGUCUCAAGAGGAUGCUGGAUGUGGGCCAGUCGUCGCCGUGCGUUGUCACCUGUCCUUUCUGUCGUGGCAAGACCAGCGUACCACCGGAAGAGGUGUGGGGGACAGAGGACGAGCGCCGCCUCUUGGCAGUUUUGUCACGUCGGGAUCGAGGAGGGCGGCGCGGUGACAACGUGGAACCGGGUCUCGGGGACGUUCUGCCAGAUGGCGCCAGGCCUCCUUCCGACGGCCUGCUGAUCACGGUGGCGGAGCUACCGGCAGAGUGGCCCUCUCCAGACUCCCCGGACGGUCUAAAUGCCGUGGCGCUCUACCGCCGGGCUGGCCGAGACUCUCUCGCCGUUCCCCGCAAGUGCGAUUCCUGGACACGCAGCCGCGUCCCCCGCUGCCUGCUGGGGACGCUGUGUCUGGCACCAAAAAGGGGCACGGAAGGAUGGGCAAGUACUGCGGGCUGCAGCUGGACCUACUUGGCAUCUUGCGGCGGUGGCCAACCGCUAUGUGCAUCUGCGCAGGUGUACUUCGGCUCCCUGCCGGUGGGCCUCUACCUCCUGAUGCUGGCGCACACGUGGGCUGGUGUCCUUCUGGUCAGCCUGGUCCCGUCCACGCUGAUCCUGCUGGUUCUGUAUGGCUGCUGCGAGUGCUUGUCUCACCAGCUACUGGAGGCGCUCGCCGCUCGUCGCCGCAACGACGACGGCGCCGUUGCGAUCGCGUCGGUCGAUGAUGACUAGCUGGUUGCCACCACGUGACUUGUCAUGCUGUCACGACUGGCGUGAACUUUUGGACUGCUGAUUUUUUUUUUUUUUUUUUUGUAUGUGUGCAUCUGAGCCAUCCCAUGCGCCACAGUCACUUGAACUCAUUGACGGAUGUCAAAAAUGUCCACACAUAGCCCAUUUGAACCCUUUCAGUGCCAUUGUAAGGCAUGGACGUCCAAUCAUGUGGCAUCCACUCAUCCUUCUGCUGUGAGUUUGAAUGCAUUUGUCACUAUAGUAGGCAUCCAAUCCUUUUAAACUGGGAGGGAUGGCAGUGAAUGAACAUUUAAUCUUUAUUCAUUUAGUCUUCAUUGUAAUGUUUUUUUGAAAAUUAAAAAGUAGAACGGGAAACGGAGAAAGAAAAUUCUAUUUAAAAGAAAAAGGAAAACUUAAUUUUUUUUUUACAAAAACUGUCACUAUACUUUUUAAUAAAUUUUAAAAAUAUAUUUAGUUUUACAUUUAGAUUUAAAACAAAAAAACUUUUUUUACCUUUAGAAUAAACAGUACUGGGUUUUUUUUUCUUAAAUUUUAAUUAAAAAAAAAAACUUCAUAAAAAACAUUUUAUGUAUUGUUACUUUUUUCUCAUCAAAUUAAAACACACACACACACAAAAAAAAACGUUAAUUUGCUGCCAAGCUCCCGCUUGAAAUGAACUGGGUGAUUACAAGGGUUGGGCAUCAUUUGAAUUUAAACGGUUCCGAUUUCACAUUUCGAUUCCGGUUCCAAACUAUUCUUGAUUCUGAUUCUUUUAAUAGUUUGGGUUUAAAAAAAAAAUCAUAGUUUAUAUUAAUUUCUUAACUUCUCGAUUAUUUUUAAAUUAAAUGAAUUUUUAAUUAACUUUGCUAUGAAUUUCUCACAGGGCUAUUUUUAACUUGUAUUUAAAUUAGGGCUGUCAAACGAUUACAAUUUUUAAUCGAGUUAAUUACAGCUUAAAAAUUAAUUAAUCGUAAUUAAUCGCAAUUAAUCCCAAUUCAAACCAUCUAUAAAAUAUGCCAUAUUUUUCUGUAAAUUAUAUAUAUAUUCUGUAAAAUAAAUUGUUGGAAUGGAAAGAUAAGACACAAGAUGGAUAUAUACAUUCAACAUACGGUACAAAAGGACUGUAGUGGGCAUUUCACUCUACUGUCAUUUAAAUCUGUGUAUGCUGUCCUCACUCCGAAGCGUCUACUUUUUCCAAAGCUAGACAGCUAGACUUCUUCCUUUUUCAUCUGAUUUAUUAAUAAAAUGGCCUCAAACCAUUGUCCUCUUUAGACCGUUGUAAAACUACAAAAAAAAAAGUACACAAGCAUUGCAUUAGCAACAACGUUAGCUUAGCACGCUAUACAGGUUCACUAAACAUAAACAAAAAGCGUCUCAUACAAAAAAUAUAACAUUUCGCUUACUAACAUAAUAUGUACAUUCUUUACAACAACCAUACUUACGGACAAAUCUUGUCCAAAGAUCAUAUAAGCACAACAUUAUCAGCCCGAGACGUCGUGCAGCCAUAAUGAAAUGGAAAGAAAACAAUAAACCAUGUCGCAAAGCGACCACAAGAGUUCGCUGUUGGACAGCACAAAAAGUCUUGCUGUAAAACUUACCAAAAGGCAGAAUACUUUCUGAGCGGGACAUGUGCGUUAAUUGCGUCAAAUAUUUUAACGUGAUUAAUUAAAAAAAUUAAUUACCGCGCGUUAACGCGAUAAUUUUGACAGCCCUAAUUUAAAUAUCAGUCUUUGAACUUGAAUAUGAUAGUUUCUUUCCACAGGAGUGCAUUUUCACAAAGAUGUUUAUUUUUGAAAAGCUCAUGGAGAAAACAUUUACAUAUGUUCUUUUGCCUAUGUUUUAGAGUGUCUUAUACUGCAGGCAUUUUUACAUGUUAUUCAGCUCCCACUAAUGGGCUAACCUGGUGCAAAAUAUCAAACAAACAAAAAAGCAAUUUGUAAAUCCCAGUCCAGAUUAAAAGACGGUACAGUAUAAAAUCAGAAACAGUUUUUGUUGAGGAAAAUUAUCAUAUCUGUCUUCCCAGGCAGUAAGCGUGAGCGUUCUGGACAUAAAGUUAUAAAUAUGAGAAAACGAGAAAAAGUUGCAAGUAUUACAUAUGGGGAAGGCAGUUGUAGGCCGCUAAGCACUUUACAUACAUGUGCCUUAGCUGGAAGCUACGACGAAGCAUUAGUAUAAAUUCUUCUAUUGAUUAUAAUUUGAUGUAGAUGAGGCAAAAUAGUAAGGAUUUCCUUAUUUGUAAAACGGAUUCUGAAACAAAAGAUUCUUUUAAUACUGUUGAUUUUAAUAGUGGCGGCAACAUGCUACAUAAAGUAUGUAGCUGCUUAUAUAGCUAAAUUAGCCCGAUGUAAUCAUAUGACUUAUUCUCGUACUAUUCCAUCCAUCAUCUACCACUUAGUCCAGGGUCAGGUCGCGGGGGCAGCAGAAGACGGACGUAAUUUAUUGUUUUACUUACCUGGUUCUAAAUGGUUAGAGGACCGGCGCGGCGUGUCAAAUUCGCGGCACUCAGCUAUGCACUACUCAACACUUGCAUUCCAUGAAACCGGAGGUGUUUAAUCAUAUUGGUUGUGCACCCACCUUUGCAUGAUAUAGCUGUGUUGCAAAUGUUACACUGAGUUGACUGUUCAUUUUUCUUUGUGAAGUUGAGCCAAACAUUUCUGUCCAUGGCUGAAAUCAAGUUGCAAUGAACAAACACAUGCUUCAUGUGGCUUCUUCUUCGUAGUGUUUGGCAGCUAUUUUUUUCCGAUCGGUGGUCAGGGGAUCGAAACAUGGAAUUGAAAUUUUAAAAUUUGAACAAUUCAAGGAGAAUCGGAGUGUUAGUCCCGGAUCCCAUCGAUGCUCCAUGCCCAACCCUAGUGAUUAAUAGUGAUAAACUCCUUAAAGGAGGGUACAUCUUCACCAUGCAGAGGAAGAACAAAUACAGUAUAACUUUUUAACUCAUUGGCUAACUUUGGCAGCGCUACAAUGGCACUAAAAGGUUGAAUAAUUGAUUCUCAUUUUGUUGUCAAAUCCACAAAUAAACAAUAUAUGA